CAGUGACACACACAAAACAGCAAAUAAAGAAAAAAUAGUAUCGGGGGAAUGAAAUGCAGAGCAUGAGCAUGAAACUUUGUUCCUCUGUACCAUUCAAUUCAAUUUUUCCAUUUACGCACCAAAUCCUAACGAAUCUAAUAUACUUUCUAGCAUAGCAUAGCAUAGAUUAUAUUAAAUACUCUGUUACUUGUAACCACCAAAACCCUCAAACCUACCUAACUCACUCGAUCCCUUUCUGUUCAAUUCCAUGGCUUAAAGAUUUUGAGCUGCUGCAUCAAUUCAAUUAAUUAGGUUCAUUUGAUCACUAUGCAGGCCAGACAACGGAGUCCGCGAGGGUUUUACGCCUCCGAGUACCGCCAGCAGCGUGACGGAGGGCUCGGGAGAGGCCGGAGAGGCGGCGGCGACAUUUUCGUUGAGGCAGGGCGGCUUGCGGCGGAGUAUUUGGUCUCCCAGGGGCUGCUGCCGCCCAACGCGCUUCCGCCGCCGCCCAAGUGGCAGCAGAACCAUAAGAGUCCGGCGGAGGGCGGCGGGCGGCAGUCGGCCCUGACGCGGCUCGGGAGUGUUGAUGGGAGGAGGAAAUUGGGUGGGUUUGAUGAGUUUGGGCAGAAGGGAGGAGGGAGGAGGAGGGGGAGUUUCAACAGGAGCAAUGGGAUGGAUUGGGGGAAGGAGCAUAGGAGGAACGGGUCUUGGUCUGAUCGGGUUCGUGCCGGUGGUGGUGAGGAUGAUGAUUAUGAGAGUGGUGGAUUUACUGUUAGACACCAGGGUGAGGAGGAUCAGCACCAGUAUCAGUACCAGUACCAGCAGCAGCAUCAGAAUAGUGUUGAUGAUGCUUCGGUGAAAUCGAAUUCGAAUUUGAAUGAAUUCGUGCCAAGGAGUGAGGAUGGUGGUGAUUUGAAUGAUAAGGAUAGGGAUAAGGAGAGGGUGAAUGCUGAAGUGUUGGAGGUGAAGCCGAGUGGUGUAGGGAAAGAUGCGAGUGAUGUGGAUAUGGAGGUUGGUGUUGGUAAUGAUUUGGAGAGUGUGAGUGUUGGGCUUAAGGAGGUGAAAGAUGGUGGCAGCAGCGACGAUGAUAGUGAGAGAUUGAGGAAUGUGUCUGCUCAGUUGAGUGAUCAGGAGAAUAGUAGCUCUGGUGGGGUUGUUGCUAAUUUGGUUUCGCUGUGCAAGUCUGUCAAGGUGCCCACCAGGAGGCGAUCUUCGGUUACGCGCAAGAAUUUGAAGGCCGAGAACAACCCAGAUGGGAGUGGGACUGCACAAGAUGUCGGGGAUCUUCAAGUAGCUGAGGAAGUGGUGCCUGAAAAUGAGUCUGUUAAAGGAUCCUCAUCGGGUGAUUUGCUAGGUGAGAAAAGUUAUGAUAUAGUACAUGUUGACGCGGACGUUGCCGAGGUGGAACCUGUUCAUGCUGCUGAGGAUGUGAAAGAAUUAGAUGCUGUGUGUAAAGCCGGGGAAGUUCAGUAUGUAACAUGUCAAUCUGGUCAGGAUAGCGGUUUUAUGCAGGAUAACAACCAAGAGUCUGGUGCUACACUACCAGAGUAUGGAGGUUGCAGUUCCUUGGCUGAGGAACGUGGUGAAAAGCGUGUUGCCGAAGAUGAUGAUGAUGUGAGGGAGGACAACAAGAAGCUGAGAGAAUGGGUGCCUUCCCUUGUUCCUAAGACUGGAGGUGGGGGAUACUUUCUGCAUAGUAACCCAAUUGAAGUGAAAGAGAGCUCAGUAGAAGAUGAAAUUUCACAUAUUGACAAAGUGACCAUGGCUUCUGAUCAGGGGAGCCUGAUGAGUAGUGGUUCUCAGUUCACAGAAGGUGGAGAUAGACCCUUUCUUCAAUGUUCAGAGGAAAAGCCUUCUUUGCUGAGUUCGUUUAGAACCUGUGAUCUGAAUCUCAUUGAAGCAUCUGAAGUGCAUGAAAAUCAUGUUGAUCAUCCAGUUCUGAUUUACCCCCCUGCAGUUUCUGAAACAAAGAAAGCUGUGCCAAUUGACAUAGAUCUGACCAUGAGUCAUGCUAGUGUAUCAGGGAAAUUCAAUACUCAUGCAACAAAUGGCAAAGAGAUUGAAGUAAUUGAUUUAGAAAAUGAUGAUUCCAUUCAAGAAGAGAAGUCAAUCGACAAUAUGGAUAGAAAGACAGAGACUAUGUUUCCUGGCCUUGAAGGUUUUUCUAGCCAUGCUCAAAAUGCUGCUGACAUGCAUGAUGUUCAGGAUGGAUAUGGGCUUAUGAUAUCAGAGUUGCUUGGGCCAGAUUUCCCUAACUGUUCUUCAGUACCUGGUGACAUAAACUCUGUGCACAAUGAAAUGGGCCUUCAAAGUGGAACGGGGACACUUGCUGAGGAUGAUUCCAUAUAUAUGUCGCUUGGAGAAUUAAAGAGCUUGCUAGAGAGGUUUAUAUGGAGAAAACACUAUAAGGUGUUUGGAUUAGUGUGCUGCCUGCAUAAUGCUCCUUGUAUUUUGAGGCAACCUUUGCUGUCAUGGUUUGGGAGAUUUAACAUAGUUAUUUAACAGUUUGAGAUGAUUCAUGGUGAGGAAGAUCCCUCUAUUUUCUAUUAUCAUUCCUCACUAUUCCACGUGCAUACAGUUGGUUGUCUAUGCGGGUGAUGUUGUCAUAAUGUCAUAACUGAUUGUGAUAAGGAAAAUAUCUGCCAACUGCAAAGCACAUUUUUUACCCAUGAUUCUGGGUAUUGAAGUGUUUCAAUAUUACUGGUGUUGCAAUCUCGUCUCAUGUAGAAAAUAUGGACUGGGUGUACUGGAGGAUACUGAAAUGACAAACUGCUGACCUGUUUUUGCACUUGUGGAUCCAAAUGUCAAGUUGAACUAGCUCACUAUCAUCUGAUCAGAUAUUUCCUUUGUUGUGAGC